GCUUUUCUCCGCUGUGAACAGUUAUCGUUCUCAUCAGGAUGCGCGUUGCUCCCCCUUCCACAUGGUAUUUCUCUCUCUAAUAUCCCCGCCAUUUUCAUGUUUCCUCGUCCUUUCUUUAAAACUUGAGUUAGUUAUUGACCGUUAAACACAACGUCUCAGGUUUAUUUUCUGAAUUUUAUCAAUUGGCGAAAGAAUGUCUGAAGGAACAAGUUUGAUGAUGGAGUCUUCUGAAAAUGGGACAGAUAUAUCUCAAGAUGAUACUGGAAACAUGGAAGAAAUACCUGAGGACACAAUAUUGUCACGACAAACUUCUGUGAACCUUGUUCCAUUUAUUGGCCAACGAUUUGUCUCUCAAGAUGCUGCUUAUGAAUUUUACUGCAGUUUUGCAAAGCAAUGUGGUUUUUCAAUUAGACGCCAUCGAACUCGUGGAAAGGAUGGUGUUGGUAGAGGAGUCACCAGAAGAGAUUUCACCUGCCACCGUGGUGGUUAUCCACAGAUGAAACCCUCUGAAGAUGGAAAGAUGCAAAGGAAUCGUAAGUCAUCACGUUGUGGCUGUCAGGCAUACAUGCGUAUUGUGAAGCGGGCAGAUUUUGAUGUCCCUGAAUGGCGUGUUACUGGCUUUAGCAACAUCCACAACCAUGAAUUGUUAAAAUCAAGUGAAGUGCAUCUCCUUCCGGCCUAUUGCACCAUAUCUCCAGAUGACAAGAGUCGAAUUUGCAUGUUUGCAAAAGCUGGAAUGUCAGUCAGACAGAUGUUACGAUUGAUGGAGCUGGAGAAAGGUGUGAAGCUAGGCUGUUUACCAUUUACUGAAAUAGAUGUGAGAAACCUACUACAGUCUUUUAGAAAUGUUAACCGAGAUAAUGAUGCUAUUGAUCUUAUUGCAAUGUGCAAGAAACUGAAGGAUGAAGAUUCCAACUUCAAAUAUGACUUCAAAAUAGACGGCAACAAUAGGUUAGAGCAUAUUGCAUGGUCUUAUGCCUCAUCUGUUCAAUUAUAUGAGGUAUUUGGUGAUGCGGUGGUUUUUGACACAACACAUCGUCUGGAUGCCUAUGAUAUGAUAUUAGGCAUCUGGCUUGGGCUGGACAAUCAUGGGAUGACUUGUUUCUUCAGUUGUGUAUUGCUACGUGAUGAAAAUAUGCAAUCAUUUUCAUGGGCAUUGAAGGCAUUUUUAGAUUUCAUGAACAAAAAGGCUCCACAAACAAUUAUGACUGACCAAAAUAUGUGGUUGAAGGAGGCCAUUGCUAUGGAAAUGCCAGAAACUAAACAUGCCUUUUGCAUUUGGCACAUCAUUGCAAAAUUCUCAGAUUGGUUUUCUGCACUGCUGGGGUCAUGUUAUGAUGAAUGGAAAACUGAGUUUCUCCGAGUCUAUAAUCUUGAAUUUGUGAAUGAUUUUGAGGAAGGUUGGAAGGAAAUGGUCAUCAAAUAUGGGCUCCAUGCCAAUAAGCAUGUUGCUAGCUUGUAUGCAUUGCGGACAUUUUGGGGCUUGCCAUAUUUGAGGCAUUAUUUUUUCGCAGGAAUGAUGAACACAUGUCAGUCUGAAUCAGUUAAUGCUAUCAUUCAACGAUUUUUGAGUGCACAGUCACAAUUAGAUCGUUUUGUUGAGCGAGUGGCUGAUAUUGUUGAUUUUAAUAAUUAUGCUGGUGUGAAGGCAGAGACUCAGCGAAAACUUCAGAAAGUUUACCUUAAAACGGGCUCACCUAUUGAAUCACAUGCAGCCUCUGUUCUUACUCCAUAUGCCUUUAAUAAGCUCCAAGAGGAGCUUGUGUUAGCUCCACAGUAUGCAUCACUUCCAAUAGAUGAAUAUUGUUACCAAGUCAGACAUCAUACUCAGAUGUCUGGUGGCUGCAAAGUCAUUUGGGAUCCCUGUCAAGAGCACAUCAGUUGUAGCUGCAAUCGAUUUGAAUUUUUAGGCAUCCUUUGUCGGCAUGUUCUCCGUGUCUUAUCAACUAACAACUGUUUUCACAUUCCAGACCAAUAUUUGCCUAACCGAUGGCGUGAUGUUAGCUCAUCUUCCACUACAAGAGCGCAUUCUGAGAGGAUUCAGUUUCUAGAGUCCAUGGCUUCUACACUCGUGACAGAAUCAAUUGAAACAGAGGAACGCCUUGCUGUUGCAUGUGAUCAAAUUGCUAUGGUGUUAUCACGCAUUAAGGAACUCCCUAGGCAGACGCAUGACGAGAAUGCCUACAAUUGCCCAUCUGACCCAUUGAUUCUACCGGAUGUUGAAGAUGCUGAUGGAAUAGUUCAGGCUCUUGCAAUUGGGAAUUCUCAUGACUCAAUCAAUCUGGGAAAGCUAAAAGAGCGGAGGCCCAGAGAUGGAAAUGAUGUGUCUAGAAAGCGAAGGCACUGUUCUGGACCUUGCUGUGGGCAGUUUGGACAUGAUGCGUCAGAUUGUCCAAUUAUGGGAAGCGAUCAUUUGAAUGGUGCAGCCCUGGGGUAUUUAUAGGUUAGGAUAUUGGCAGUGUAGUUGGUACGAGGAGCAAUCAAAUUAGAGUCGUGGUCUUUGCUUAUUCAAGUGGUGCAUUUUUCUGCCCUUCCAGAUCUACUCCAUACAAAAAAUUCACUCUUUGCUACAGCAGAAACAUCAUGGUACACACGGCACCCAUUGAUUUAAGGGUUCUUUCAGCGUUGGAGUUAUAGCAUGAAAUUAUUGAUUGUAACCUUGCAAAUGAAUUAGUUUCCUUACAUAUGUCAUUUUUGGAUUGUAGCAUUGACAACUGGGUUGAUCUUAAGAUUUGGCGUACAGUGAACUUUUGUAAACUUGGAAGUUGCAAUUAGAUGCUCCCAUGUCAAGAACUCACCAUAUAGUAGAAGAACCCUCUAUUGGCCUUACCUCUGACGUUAAUUUUCUUAUAUUAUUCUCGGUUCAGUGGUUUUGUCAUGCUUUACUUAAACUAUAAAUUCUAGACUAGCUGUGAAUUAGGAAA